CCUAGUUACACCUCCUUCCGCUUGUUGUAAAGUUACUUCCGGUUAACAACUCACGGUGUCCAAGCAGCUCCAUUUCAAAGAGUUUUUGGUUGUCGUGUCGAAAGAUUUGCGUGACAAACUAAAAUGAGCGAACAGAUCAAGUUCAUUGUAGAGCAGCUCAAUAAAGAGCCCUUCAAGAAGAAUUUUAACCUUAUCACCUUUGAUUCCUUGGAGCCACUGCAAUUGUUGCAGGUUCUCAAUGAAGUUCUGGCUGAGAUUGAUCCAAAACAUAAUAUUGACAUACGCGAGGAAGCUCCAGAUCAAACAGCAAAGCGGAUGUUUAGUCUUCUGGGAAUUCUGAAAUACAAGCCUCCUGGAAAUCUUUCUGAUAUAAAUGCCUUUCGACCGGGUCUGGUGACUGGAAGUAAGCCUAUAAUACAUCCCAUUUUACAUUGGCUUCUACAACGGACAAGUGAGCUUAAGAAACGAGCGUAUCUGGCACGCUUCCUCGUCAAGGUGGAAAUCCCUGCCGACUUUCUGCAGGAUGAUGUAGUGGCAGACACUUAUCGCCAGUAUGAGGAAUUAGUAGAAGGGUUCAAAACCUUGCAUAAGGAAUGUGAACAACUGAAGAACUCUGGUUUUUCAACUGCAGAAAUAAGAAGGGAUAUAAAUGCAAUGGAGGAAGAGAAGGAUCAACUCAUUAAGCGGGUUGAACGUCUAAAGAAAAGGGUUGACACCGUAUCAAAUCACCAGCGGAUGUUGGAAAUGGCAAGGCAGCUUCGUGUAGAGAAGGAACGGGAAGAAUCUUUAAUGCAGCAAAAACAGGAACAGAAAAAUCAGUUAUUCCAUGCAGAGCAAAGACUACAGAGAGCACAACAGCAAUUGAAGGACCUCCGGCAGGCCUCAGCAGAUGCAAAGCCUGAAAGUUUGAUGAAGAGGCUAGAUGAAGAGAUCAAAUUUAAUACCUACAUGGUUUCUGACAAACUUCCUAAGGAAUUAGAGAGCAAAAAGAAAACUGUUAAUUUCUUACAAAAGGUGGCCAUGGAACCUGCUAUGGGACAGUCUGAUCUCAAUGAUCUUGAAGCUAAGAUCAAGGAAGUUAAUACACAAAUUAACCAACUAAUUGAAAAGAGAAUGAUGAGAAACGAUCCAAUGGAUGACAAACUUUUCCUUUUCCGCCAACAGGCAUCUAUCAUUUCCCACAAAAAAGAGGCAAAGGCUGAAGAGUUACAAGAAUGCAGAGAAGAACUUCUGAGCAUGGAGAAAGAGCUGGCACAGAAAACGAGUCAGGCUCGUGAUUUUGAUGGCACUGAAGUUCUGAAAGGUGAUGAGUUCAAACGCUAUGUCAGCAAACUUCGUAGCAAGAGUACUGUAUAUAAGAAGAAGCGCCAAGAACUGGCAGAACUGAGAGCAGAAUAUGGUGUCCUGCAAAGGACAGAAGAAAUUCUAAAACAGCGGCAUGAAGCCAUGCAGCAACAACUGCAAGCGAUUGAAGCAAAGCAUGGUAUUACAGGUUUCAGUGACACUCAAGAAGAGCUGGAGAGAGUAUCUGCAUUGAAGAGCGAGUUGGAUGAAGUGAAGGGACGUACACUUGAUGAAAUGUCUGAAAUGAUAAAGAAACUUAAUAAUAGUAUUGCUGAAAAAAAAUCUGCCUUGGCCCCAGUCAUCAAAGAACUACGACCAUUGAGACAGAAAUGCCAGGAACUAACUCAAGAGUAUGAAGAAAAAAAAGCACUCUAUGACAGCUGUGCAGCAGGCCUGGAAAGCAACCGAUCUAAGCUUGAACAGGAAGUCCAAGGACUCAGAGAAGAAUGUGCUCAGGAGGAAUCUAGAUACCAUUAUACCAACUGCUUGAGAAGGAUUACUGAAAGACAGAUACAGCGUGCUGCUGAUGAAAUGAAACUAUACGUAUCUGCAGAUCCACAAGAAAGAAGGAAAGCUAUGAGGGAGCAAUAUAAUCGAAAUAUCCUGGAGCAAGAAAAUCUGGGGAAAAAACUAAGGGAGAAACAGAAAGCUGUGCGGGAGAGCCAUGGUCCAAACAUGAAGCAGGUUAAAAUGUGGCGAGAUUUUGAACAACUGAUGGAGUCCAAGAAGCAAUGUUUUUUGAAGCAGCAAAACCAGAAUUCUGUUGGUCAGGUGAUUCAGGAAGGUGGGGAGGACAGAUUGAUCUUGUAACUAAAUGAAUCAGUGGUCCAAUUGUGCAUUUACAUUGUUAUAUUUUUUGUUGGUGUUAGCCAUUUCAGCAGCUAUUAAGAUUUCUAAUUAACUGUAAUAAAAUUAUUUAACUUGGAAUUAA